AUGAAGUCCACUAUCACUGCACUUUCCAUGCUGGCCAUGGCUGUGGCCCAGCAGGUCGGCACCGAGCAAUCUGAGACUCACCCCAGGCUCAACUGGCAAAGGUGCACAUCUGGAUCUUGCUCCAACGUCAACGCUGAAGUCGUCAUCGAUGCCAACUGGCGCUGGAUUCAUGAAGUUGGCGGAUACCGGAACUGUUAUGAGGGCAACUCGUGGACCGGGCUGUGUUCCGGCGCAGACGACUGUGCCAAGAACUGCGCCGUCGAGGGAGCCGACUAUGGCAACACCUAUGGUGUUUCGACCAGCGGCAACGCCUUGACGUUGAAGUUCGUUCAGCAGCACGGCUUCGGCAAGAACGUCGGCUCUCGCAUGUACCUCAUGAACGGGGACAGCAAGUACCAGACGUUUACCCUGCUGAACAACGAGUUCGCCUUCGACGUCGACCUAUCCACGGUUGAGUGCGGCAUCAACAGCGCCCUCUACUUCGUUGCCAUGAAGGAAGAUGGCGGCCUCUCUUCCGAGACGAACAACAAAGCCGGUGCCAAGUACGGCACAGGCUACUGCGAUGCUCAGUGUGCCCGGGACCUGAAGUUCAUCGGUGGCAAGGGUAACAUUGCGGGCUGGAACUCCUCUGAAACCGACAACAACGCGGGGGUUGGUAACAUGGGUGCUUGCUGUGCUGAGAUUGACGUCUGGGAGUCCAACGCCCACGCCUACGCCCUGACCCCCCACCCUUGCGAGGACAACAACUACCACAUCUGCGAGGACGACACCUGCGGCGGUACCUACUCCGAGGACCGCUACGGCGGCGGCUGCGACGCCAACGGCUGCGACUACAACCCGUACCGCAUGGGCAACCGCGACUUCUACGGGCCCGGCAAGACCAUCGACACCACCAGGAAGUUCACCGUCGUCACUCGCUUCGAGCCCGACCGCAUGUACCAGGUCUUCAUCCAGGACGGAAGGACCAUCACGGUCCCCGGGGCCAAGUGGGCCGGCAUCCCCGAGACCUCGGACAUCACCCCGGAGUUUUGCGAGUCUCAGUUCGCCGUCUUUGGCGAGCGCGACCGCUUCAACGAAGUUGGUGGAUACCCUAAGCUCAACGCUGCCCUCGAGAUCCCCAUGACGCUUGUCAUGUCCAUCUGGAGCGACCACUACGCCAACAUGCUCUGGCUCGACUCCACCUACCCUCCCGAGAGAGCCGGAGAGCCUGGCACCGAGCGUGGACCAUGUGCCCCGACGUCCGGUGUUCCCGCCGAGGUCAUCGAGCAGUUCCCCAACGCCCGGGUCGUGUGGUCCAACAUCCGCUUCGGCCCUAUCGGCAGCACCUACAACAUCGCUACUUGA